AUGCCGUCCAACAACGCCCCACCCCCUCCACCCGAACACCAAGCCUUCCACCUGACCUCAAUCGACCAGGAGCAGCUCUCCCUCCCCGACUCCGCCUUCACACCCCACUCCUGGUCCAACCUCCGCACCCUCAUCGCCUCCAACCGCCUCGAAGAACUUAAGCGCCGGCCCUCCUCCCUCCGCGCGUAUCUCGCGUGGUCCGCCAGUACGAAAAAGAAGUAUGGCUCCAUAACCAACUUCCUGCUCCAAGAGCGGCUGCGAUGGACUCCGCUGAGUGGGAAGGACGCAGAGGGGCCGCCGCGGUUCGCGGUCAAGAGCACUGUACCGUUUGCCGAGGCGGAGGAUUAUAAGGUCUUGGUCAAUGAUUGGCCGUAUGGACUCAAGGAGGGGGUGAGGCAUAUUGUUGUUUGGUUGAAGCAUCCGUUGGAGGUAGAUGGGGAGGGGGAGUUGGUGGAUGAAGCGAGGAGGGCGGUAGAGGGGUUUGUGGAGGGAAAGUUUGGGAAGAGGGCGAGGGAGGCGGGUGGGGAUGUGUUGUGGUUUAAGAACUCGGUGGGGUUGCAGAGCGUGAGGGGGUUGGAGCAUGUGCAUGUUCUUGUGAGGGAUGUGCCGGAUGAGCUGGUAAGAGAGUGGGUGGGUCAGCUCUAG